AUGCAUAGUGAUCGUGACAUGUCCUUUAACUCGGGUCAUGCAGAAAUGCAACCCGAUGGAACUUCUACAAAGAACUCUCGUUCUAUUUAUCAUCCAUCAGCUCUUACUGAAUGUGUUAUCACUAGUUCUGCUCCUACUGCCGUAAAAUUACCACGGGAAAGGAUCCCAUUUAGAAGCUGGUAUGUGUCAAACUACUGUAAUGAAUAUCAUGUUUCUAUUAUUUUGAAAAUUCAAAAUAGUUUUCCUAGACUACAACCAUUGUUAACCUUUUACUUUAAAGUGUGGAGUUGUACUGGUGAGAUUGAGUUUUACACUGCCUUCAUCCCACUGGUAGUGUGGUUGGGUAUGCCAUUCAUUUCAUUUAAUAUUUGUGUAUUAAUGUGUAUGAGUCAAUACGUAACUGGUGUUAUGAAAGACAUGGCAGGAUGCCCACGUCCACCUUGCCCACCUGUUCAAAUCCGAGGAAGAAGACUAGCAUCAAAGGAGUAUGGAUAUCCAAGUUCCCAUGCAUCCCACAGCAUUGUUUUUGCUUACGCAUCGUAUGAGCUAUUACAUACUUUUUUUCCUGAUUACCCCGUUUUAUGCUGGAUAUUUUGUAUAGUUUUUUCUAUCAAUGUUAGUCUUUCAAGAUUGAUUCUUGGAAUGCACUGGUUUGCUGAUUUGGUGGCUGGAUGGGUUGUGGGUCUGAUUCUUGUUAUUGCGCAUGCAGCCUUUUUGGAAUCAUUUAUGGUUACUUUGUAUGAAAUAGAUAAUGUGAUGCCUUUGCAUUUCUUGGUGGCUUUUUUGAUUUUACAUAUACUCGUGAUAUCCCACGCCGCCCCUGCAGAUGCCUGUCCAUGUUAUUUGGAUAGUUUGCGUUUUCUCGGAGCCACAUUUGGGGCUCUUUUUGGGUAUUGGGUUUUUCACAGCGAAUACGGUGUCAUGACAGCCCGUUCACAUCCAGAAGAUGUAUGGGAUACUUGCUUUUCCGUUGGUUUUUUAGUACAAUAUCUCUCCUGUUUGUUUGUAAUUCUUCUUGGAAAGGAAAUUUGUUCAUGCGUUACUUUUCGUAUACUUCGUUUCUUUUUUGUGCGAAUUUCUCGAGAGGCUUCACCAAACCGUCCUCGUUUCUGGCGACGCAUGUGGUAUUGUUUUUCACAUGCCGUGCGUCGUAUUUAUUGGAUUCGAUUAAAUGAUUCACCUAGUGUUGCUAUUCAAGAGGAAGGAUGUCAAAAGCAACGACAUCAGAAAUUGAGUCCAUCUGCAGAUUGUUUCAGUGAAGGUAGUGAAAGUGGGGAAAGUGCGGGAUACAGUAUUGAGAUUUCUAUACCACAACAUAAUUCUGAGGAGAAAGUAUUAAUGGGAGAUAAUAUGCAGUUGUGGAUCCCAUGUACACAUCGACACUGGUGGUUGUGGGAAACACAAAGAUGUCUUAUUUCAUAUCUUCUUGUUGGCUUUAUGGUCACAUACCUUUGUCCAGUGAUACUGCGUGUUUUCUUUGGCGUACAAUAG